ACCUUUCCUUCCCUCUUUAUUCCUUCCCCUUACAAAACCCGCUUCCUUUUACUCCGGAAUCCUUGUUCUUGGAGUCCCCGCCAGGCUUCUGCCUCCCCCAGGGCGCCUCCCCUUUCGUGGGCCCGGUGGCUCAAGUGUUAGGAGGUUGACCUUUUAAAGCGGCCCUUACAGAUGCCAGGAAGGAUGGCCCCCCUCAAGAAGCCUCGAAAUACCCCAAGGCUGCCCCUGGCAUUAAACCCUCUGAAGAGCAAGGACGUGUUGGCAGUGCUGGCGGAGAGGAACCACGCUGUGGUACCAAUCGGGGCAUGGGUGGAACCUGCCUCGCCAGAUAGCUCGGAAAUGCCAGCAUAUACUUCAGCAUGUGUGAUUGAAGAAGAACUAAAGGAACAGCUAAGAAGAAAACAAGAAGCUUUGAAGCAUUUUCAGACUCAAGUCAAACACCGAGUAAAUCAACGUGUUAGGCUGAGAAAAAAGCAACAACUUCAGAGGUCUUAUGAAGCAGCAGAAAAAAAAGGCUCUAUAGCCAUGCAGUCUUCAGAUCCCGCACACUUAACUCCUAGAAGGAGAACAAGUGUUUUUCCAAACAGUUUGAACGCUGCUGUCGGAAGUUCUCGAUUACCCCCUUCCCCAGAAGAUGAAGAGAACAAGAAUGAAUUAUUCCAACAGCAAGCCCAGGCUCUCAGUCAAACCAUGAAACAGGUGCGUCACCAGCUGGCGUCCUUUAAAACUAUGGGUAAAAAAAAGGCAACAGUGUUUCCAGAUGGGAAAAGGAAAAGUGUUCCCACCCAAGAGAAAGCACUUUCUAGGAAGCCAGCAUCCAUCAGGAUAAAUAUAGAAACAAGAGAAGGAUUUCCCUUGAAGGUCCAUCAGAGUCUUUCAGCUACUGUACAUUAUCACAACUUCAUGCAAAGUGAGAAACUUGACUCUGGAGAAUCUUCAUCUAUUAUGACAGAUGAGAAAUGGAGAAAGAAUUUACUUUGGAGGGACCAGCAGGAUCUCCUUUCUGAAAUCAAGAACAAGCCUUUCAACAGAGUUCAGAAAGUACAAUUCAAAAAUCCAUUAUUUGAUGUGAUGGAAGAGGAAGAGCUAAAGCAGUUACAUCUUCAGGAUAUUUUGCCAAGAGCCCAGGAUUAUCUUCCAGAAGCCCAAAGUGAUCUGUCAGAAACCCAGGGAGAUUUACCAGGGAUCCAUAGUGUUGAGCCAGAAGCCCAGAAUGUUGAGCUAGAUACCCAGGCUAUUGAGCUGGAAGUUCAGGCUCGUGAGCCCGAAGCCCAGGCCAGUGAGCCCGAAUCCCAGCCCUGUGAGCCUGAAUCCCAGCCCUGUGAGCCCGAAGCCCAGGCCAGUGAGCCCGAAUCCCAGCCCUGUGAGCCCGAAUCCCAGCCCUGUGAGCCCGAAGCCCAGGCCGGGGAGCCCGAAGCCCAGGCCGGGGAGCCCGAAACCCAGGCUGGUGAGACAGAAACUCAAGGUGGUACGUUGGAAGCCCACAGUAUUGAGCCAGAAGAUGGGAGUAUUGUGCUCGAAGCCCUUGAUUUUCUACCCCAAAACCAGGGUUUUCUACCCAAAGACCAAGAUUUUCUACCCAAAGACCAGAAUUUUCUAUCCAAAGAAGAAGAUUUUCUACUCAGAGACCAAAGUGUUCUACUGAAAGACCAGAGUUCUCUCCCCAAAGACCAGAAUAUUCUACCCAAAUGUCAGGAACAGAAUUUUCUCCCCAAAGACCAGGAAAUAUACUUCAGGCAGCCGUCACCUGCUUUGACAGCUGAAAGAUGGAAAAAGAAAUGGCCCACAAGUGCCCAGCAGUGUCUUUCAUCCAUGUUCCAAGGCCAGCCCUCUACCAGAGAUCAAUUAGACCAACUAGAAGAAAGGGAUGAACAAGAAAAAGCAAAUUUGAAACAGUCAGCAUCAAUUUUGAUAGGUAGGGGAGAGAGAGAGAUGUUUCCUCUGGAUGUCCAUCAGGAUCUUCUACACAGGCGUCAAGAUCAGGCCUCCAUCAGGUACAAGAAAGUACGCUUCAAGGAGCCAUAUUCUGAUAUGACAGAUGAGAGAAGGAGAGAAGACUUUGCUCUGGCGGGUUAUCGGCAUCUGCCUCCUAAACUCCAGGCCCACACCUGCGUCAGAGAUCCAGUAGAGCAAGACAAAAAAGAGGGAAAGAAGCAGGAAAUAAAUUCUAUGCAACUGAACAUGUCUGUCAAGCAGCCCUCAUCUUUUCUGAGAGAGGAGAGAGUGAGACAGGAACUACCUCAGGAGAAUCCUCAGUAUGUUGCACCUAAAAUCCAGGACCGAGCCUCCCUUAGAGAACAGGUUUCCGAUGCGUAUCAACCAGGACUGAACCCUGAAUUCCAAGCUCCACUGGCACUUCAGUCUGGUGUAGAUCAAGAAGAAGACAAGAAAGUGCGUCAAAAGCAGUACCUGAGAUAUAAACGACUUUUCAUGGAUAUGGAGCGAGAACAAGUAAAGGAACAACAAAGGCAAAAAGAACAUAAGAAGAAAAUUGAAAAAAUUAAGAAAAAAAAAGAGCAGGAACGUUAUGCUGAAGAGCAGAGGAUCCUAAGAAUGACCUGUCAUGAAGAACCAUAUUCAGGGGAAACUAUGAGUGAGAUAUUAGCCCAGCUACAACUGGAAGAAAUAAAAGGAGAAAGAGAAAAACAGAAACAGAGAGAAAAAGAAUAUCUAAGAUAUGUAGAAGCUUUAAGAGUCCAGAUCCAGGAUAAAAUGCAGCUGUAUAAUAUUACUUUACCUCCACUAUGCUGUUGUGGUCCGGAUUUUUGGGAUGCUCAUCCUGAUACCUGUGCCAACAAUUGUAUUUUCUACAAAAACCCCAGAGCAUACACUCGGGCACUACAUUCAGUGAUCAGUUCCUGUGAUAUUCCUGAGGGAAACUCAGCUCUUCGAAUCGCCAUCCGUAAUUUUGCUUCUUUACACAGACGGACUUUGAAGAAUCUGUAAUAAGAAUCUGAAAUCAACUAGUGGUGUUUCAAUCUCCACUUAAAACCAACCCUGAGCGAUUAUAGGACAAGCUGUUAAAGUGUCUAAGAUGUGUAAUUCUGGAAAGAAGGACGACCCCUCAUGACAGCUGUCUCUGUAAUUAGUCCUAGCCAUUAUUUCAGUCUCUACCUUGGGACCAAGAUUGAAUGUUGACUUCCAAACUGAUCUCUUCUUUGUCGUCAACCACAUGGAGCCUAUUGUUUUAAAAAAUGAUCAGACCAGAAAGGUUUCUCUUACUUUGCUCUGCUCUGAUCCAGAGGAGAUCAUGAGAACUCUUUGAGAUAAUCUCAUUUAUCAUCCUUGUAAAGCCAUAUCUUUGAUCUUGAUAAAAUGUGAAGUGUCUAGAUGAAGCAGAAAAGAAGGUGUUGAAACCGUUUUAAUGAGUAUCGUUGGCCAUCUAUUACUGUUAGCUUUUCUAAUUGUGUAUAAUAAUUGGAGAUAAGAAAAAUCUAAAUUUGAUACACAUUUUCUCCUCAAAAUUUUCUCUCCUCUAUUUUAAUUCAUUGCCUCUUUCCCCAUUCAGUGACAUUGCACACAGAGCUGUUUAAUAUAAAUUUUAUAAUUUUUCUUCCAAAAAAAUAAAAAAGAUGAAUAAACCCUCUUGUCUUUUGAGCAUCUUCUGUGUGAAAUAAUUGUGACAUUUCAAAAAAUGAAUCUGAAGGCAAA